AUGGAAUCUACCCCUUCCCUCGAAGAGACCAAACAAAUACCCAAUCCCCCACAAAAAAGCUGUGAGUGCAAGCCAAUAAAGAAGAAAUUUAAGUGCGUGAUUUAUGAUGCUGAAGCGAGAUAUGAUAAGAAUUUAGUGAAAUGUGUGUGUGAGAGAUUUAAGAAUUUUAAGUAUUCGAAUAAUAUUAGAGUAGCCAAUUUGAUGUGGUUUGGAAAGCAUCUGUAUGAGAGUGAUGUUGAGCUGUGUGGGAAAAUUAAGGGGUUCGUGAAUAAGGUGCCCGGAGCAGGGGUUUUUAAUGAGAAACAAACCCAAGGGAGGGUUUUGAGUCAGCUGGCGAAGGUUUUUCCAGAGGAAUUUGCUUUUCAUCCGAGGAGUUUUUGAUUGCCGAAGGAUACAGAUGAUCUUGAAGAGGCUAUUAAAGCUAAUCCGAAGAAAUUAUUGAUAGCUAAGCCUAAUGAAGGAGGUGGUGGAGGAGGUAUCUUCUUGUUUAAAUCCAUGAAAGAUCUUUCUGGGUUUACUUGGGCUUCAGAAUGAGUAGUCCAAAGAUACAUUGCAAACCCCUUGCUUAUAAAUAAUAGAAAAUGGGAUAUGAGAGUAUAUGUAAUGAUUCAUGGAAUCAAUCCUAUGAAAGCAUAUCUAGCAACUGAUUAUGGUCUAGCUCGAUUCUGAACGGAAGAUUAUGAUACAUCUGAUCCAAAUAAUAUUCUAUCACAUCUGACGAAUUACUCUUUGAACAAGAACAGUGAGGGUUAUGUAAAAGAUCAAGAUCUUGAUGAAAACAGUGAGGAAAACAACACAAAGAUCUCGCUGGACUUAGUCUGGAAACUCAUCCAAAAGCAAUAUCCUGAUGUAGACAUAGAGACUGACUGAAAGCAGAAGAUGAGGGAUAUCGUUAUCAACGUCCUCAGCGGAAUGAGAAGUACCAUCGAGCUGGGGUAUUUGGAGAUGACAAAACUUAAAUCGGUAGAGCACAAUAAGAAAUUCUACCAAAUUCUUGGGUUUGACAUCAUGUUUGACGAUGAAUUCAACGGGUGGCUCUUUGAAGUCAACUCUUACCCAAGCAUGGAUAUAUUCUACCACAAAGAUAAGAGUGAUGGAACAUAUGAUAAAGAAAAAUCUGAAAUUGAUGAAAGAGUAAAAUCAACAAUCUUUGCAGAAGCAGCAAGGAUUUUGAUCGCUAAAGAUGAGAGCGAUGUAUUUGAGCAAGUAUAUGAUUCUCAAGAACAAGAGGGACUAUAUGAAGAUGUCUUUGAGAUUUAUAAGAAAUUAAGUGGGAUAAGACUAGGACAAUCAAUUUCAAGCAGCAAAUUUUCAAAAUUAUCGAAAUAUCUUCCAAAAAGCUUAUCGAUGAGCCAGGUUGACUUAGAAAUUCUUUUCACCAAGCUAAAACACUCAGAAACAACUUCAAUAGGCCUGAUGGGAUUUUUUGAAGGGCUUUCAAUGAUUUCCUCAAGCAACAGCAUAGAUUUAUCAGACCUUACAUCCCAAAUAAUUUCAAAUUUUGAUUAAUCAUUGCGCAAUGUAGAAUACUGAUGU